GUAUACUGUCAUUGAAACACGACCUUCUCAUUCAUUGACAGCAUACAGAAUGGGGGACAUGCAGAAUCUCGAGAAGCGCUUCGAGGCGAUAUCAGUGCAGGAAGAGAACCAGGAUCCAAAUGCCGCAUACCAGCACAAGACCAAAACGACUACCACAAUAUCGCUGUCAAAUCUCGGCGCAUCCGCACAGAAUCGCAUGAAGCUUCCACUGCAGAAAAUACCCACCAACGCAGCCGGCCAGAAGAUAGCAACAAAGAUCACACUUCCCUCACAAGCAGCACAGCGACCGUCUUCCGAAGCGAGACCGUCGGAUUCAGCAGCAGGAAACCAGGAAGUCGAGGAGAAGCAGAAGCCCAAGCAGUGGCAUUUGGGUAUGUUUGAGAUUGGCAAGCCGCUCGGAAAGGGCAAAUUUGGCCGCGUCUAUCUCGCUCGAGAACGAAGCACAGGCUUCGUAUGCGCGCUGAAGGUGCUACACAAGAGCGAGCUUCAAGCAGGCAAGGUCGAGAAGCAAGUUCGUCGCGAGAUUGAGAUCCAGUCAAACCUUGCUCACCCGAACAUCCUUCGUCUUUACGGCCACUUCCACGACACAAAACGAAUCUUCCUCAUUCUCGAGUUCGCCGGCAAAGGAGAGUUGUACAAACAUUUGCGGAAAGCACAGCGGUUCCCAGAAUGGCAGGCAGCGCAAUACAUUGCGCAAAUGGCGAGCGCGCUGAAAUACCUGCACAAGAAGCAUGUCAUGCAUCGGGACAUCAAGCCAGAAAACAUUCUCGUGGGCUUGCAUGGUGAGAUCAAGAUCUCAGAUUUUGGCUGGAGUGUACACGCGCCCAACAACCGGAGAAAUACCAUGUGUGGUACCCUCGAUUACCUUCCGCCGGAGAUGAUCAAGCCAGGCCGCGAGGAGAAUUGGUACUCAGAAAAGGUUGAUCUAUGGAGCUUAGGCGUGCUCACGUACGAGUUCCUGGUUGGAGAGGCACCAUUUGAGGACACGCCGGUUAUGACCCAGCGCAGAAUCGCGCGGUGCGAGAUGACGAUCCCUCCUUUCGUGAGUGCUGAAGCCAGAGAUUUAAUUAAGAAGCUGCUCGUGCUUGAUCCGGAGAAGAGAUUAUGUCUCGAGGAUGUUGAGCAGCACCCGUGGAUCAUCAAGCACUGCGUGAAGGGCGAGCGGCAUUACCAGCGAACGAGUGCCCAGAACAAGGAGAAGUCCAACCAGUGAUAGGUGCGGUGUAAUGAGUGACGAUAGAUGACAAGAUAACAACUUCUCGUACUGGGCUCGGUCUGGCAUAUUCAGGGCACGAGGUUGGCGUUCUGGGAUCGUAUGAGGGCAGCAAGCAGCAUAAGGUAUUGGAGUUGGGGUCUCGCUUGUAAGACUCGUACGUACGGCGAAAAUACCGAAGUCACUGCAUCAUGCACACGC